AUGGCUGGCCAAACCCUUGACAUUCAUGGAGCCAUCAAUUCUGAUGCCACCAGUGUUGAAGUGAAUAUGCUCCAUGGUGCGGCUAUGAUCGAUCCCGGAGAUGCAGUGCUGCACAUCAAACUUCUCUUCGAUGAUGGCAAGAUUGUCAUGAAUUCCUACAUGGGCAAAGUCUGGGGAAAGGAAGAACGCGUGUCGAUGCCAUUCAAGAGGGGGGAAGCAUUUGAUCUCAGAGUCAGGUAA